GCCCAGUCAUGAGCGAAACUGAGGCGGAGUUGAAAGAAUUACUAAUCCGCUCUUUGAGUGAGAAUGGGAUUAUAUCUCGGUUGCAAGCACAGCUGAGGGCUGCUGUAUUUCUUGCUCUUGAAAAACACAAUUACAACGAACGAAUGCCUCCCGCAAACGAGUUUAUUCGCUCGCUUCGCAACAGUGAAGAUGCAAGGCCUCGUAGUUCUUUCCUUAUUUGCUGAAUUUCUACGAUAUGCUCAACUGGAGAGUACUCUGGAAGUAUUCACUCACGAGGCUGAAUUGGGUAAGCUUUCCAUCCUUGAUCGGGAUGACUUGAUCAAGUUGUUGGACCUGAACUCAAAACCUGAUUCCGCAUUGCUAUCGACUUUACUAUCAACUCAUCGGAACAUGCACUCAGCACUCCAAACAGAUGCAGAUGCGCCGGUGAAACUCAACUCAUUGGACGGCAUACAGCCAACCAGUUACGAUCCAACUCAUCAACAGCACAACGGUUACGAAUGCGACGCAAAUGCCCCUUGCAUUGCAUCGAACUCUACUGAGGACUAUCAUUUUUUAUGCGAUAAUCCACGCUCAGGAGUUAACAACCUACAAGUGGAUCAUUCCACGGCUCUUAACGAUCCGGCGCCCUCACAAAAGCAUAGUCGACCACACAAUUCUUCCCUCAGCCCUGCGAUAGAAUCUCCAAAAACGGAUUAUCGCUUAAACGGGUCACCCGUCUGCCCUGCUUCAUCUCCGCGCGAUGAAGAAUACCAAGAUGAUUUCUCCAGUCACGCGUCUCUGAACUCCCAAACAACCUCCAGUGCCGCUAGUCAUCAUGAUGAACCGGACAGGCGAUCUGGUAGCCAAUCCGUUGUCUCCAUUCAUCUAAUUGAAAGCGCACGAUCGUUGACACCUGUGAAUUCGUCAUCAUCAAGGAUUAGAGAGCUUAGCCGACCAGCCUCCCGCAACGGAACGCCAUCCAUCGUGCGUAUUUAUUCUCAAGUGAGUAGGAGAUCUGCAUCCACAGAGGAGAGUUCCGAUGUUGACGCGGAUGGAGAUGACGACCAAAUCUCGGAGCUGCUUCGAGGGUACUCGGUCGCUGGUGACAGUGUUGACCAAACCAUAGCUUCGGAUGAAAGUCUCGAGUUGGAUCAUGUGGAACUGGUGAAACGCCCGCGUGAUAUCUCUUGACCGUCACACUGAUCUCAUUAUCCACUUUUGUUUUUCCUGAUGCUCCCGUACGGUUACUCCUCUUCAAUGGACCAAUUAAUUUUUCGGGAAUUCUUCCAACACUAUAUUCGUCCUAGUUUGAUUCGAUUAUUUCGGUUGAUCUAAUGCGACCACAACCCUGUUCCAUUUUUCGGACUUUCAUUGUUACCUUCUUCCUGCACCAACAUACAUGUGUAAGUCUAAUCA